AUGUGGAGGAGCAUAAGUUCCACAGGUGAAGUGAUCAUUUCCACUUGCGACUUAUCCGCCUCAAAGAAGCUGCUGCUGGCCGGAGGCGGGGACGGCAGACUCUUCCUCUUCAGAUACCCAAGUAUAGAUCCCAAAGCGAAGUAUCACAUGCAAAGGGCCAUCAGCGCAUACAUCUCUUGUGCUCGUUUCCUGCAAGACAGCCUCGUCAUUGCAGCCGGAGGAACCGAUGCUGCUCUUAUGCAAUGGAGGCUGGUGUGA